AUGUCUAAUGGAUUAGCUUUACCUGAUUUAUCAUUAAGACGUACUUCAUCUCGAUCAACAACAGCAAAAGCAUUCCAUACUAUUAAAUCAAUUGAUACCCAAUGUGAAAAAUUACUUAAACAAUUUGGUUCUUCAGGAUUAGUUGUAUUAGAUUUAGUGAAAGAUGUUCCUGUUGGAUCUGCAGUAUUUAUUGAUAAUUAUUUUGCAUCAACGAAGUUGGUAAAAAAAUUAACUGAACUCGGUUAUCGAAUCAUCUGUACGUUAAGAUCGAAUCGAAUAGAAAAAUGUACAAUAUCAACAGAAGAAGAAUUUGCUCAAAAGAAGAGAGGAUAUUAUGAAUCUUUUAUAUCAGAUGACAAAAGAUGCAUCAUAGUUGGAUGGAAGGAUUCAAAACGGAUAUUACUAGGUUCCAAUCAUAUAGGUGUAGAACCAAUAACAAUAUUAAAACGUUGGAAUAAAGAAAAACAGUGUCGAGUUGAUGUUACAGUCCCUCAAAUUAUUAAUAAUUAUAAUAAAUUCAUGGGAGGAGUCGACAAUGUAAUGGUUAUUAACUCUUGGAUUAUUAUGAAUUCUCGUCUUUGUGGUGAUGAUAGUUAUAAUUCUACAAGUCAUGGAAAAUUUAGAUUAUUUCAUUUCAAAUCUGAAAUAGCAAAAUUUCUAUUAACAAAACCAAAUAUUCAAAUAUUCCCAACAGCAGCUAUUAGUUCAUCAGUAAAUGUUUAUCAAAGUGAUGAAGAAAAUGAACCACCAACAAAAAAACUACGUGAAGCCAGCAAUAAACAAUCGAAGGCGGCUUGGUCAGUAAAAGCUGUUGUUCAAAUAUUGCCACAAUAA